CCACUGUCACCAGCCCUCCGCUAAAAUUGGGUUCUGUCCUACACCUUACUAGGAAUGUACUUUCCCGGUCAACAAAUGUUAAAGAAAAUAAAUAACAGGUGUAAUAAAAGGUGUUAAAAAACAACAGGACGCUUUUAAAAACGUGCGCCCACUGGGCUUACCCAGUCAACAAGAUAUUAAUGACCGUAGACAAUCAGUAAAAGAAAAUUAUGCGCUGUAUCAGUUUGAGAGCCGACUGCUGCAAAAGUUGUAAUACACAUCAAUUUGGUAUGUACCUUCAAUGGUUAAAAAAACACAGGAGAAAUGUUUCUGUCUGGCGCAAACGUUGCUGUUGGAUGCUGAGGGCGGAGUCAUUAAUUGCAGACAGCAUGACGAGCGUGUCGGCGUAUUGAGAAAUGCGGAAGUAAGACUUUGGCUGUAAACAUGAUCGCUUAGGAAUUCUCCCUCUUCCUCAGUACAUCUUUCAAUCAGCUUAUUUCCAAUGCUGAAGAAUAAAAAGAUGGUUCAGAUUUACAACUGCCACCCGUUUGUUAGCCAGGAAAUUAUUCCUAUUAAAAAUGAACCAGAUCUCAUCUGCUGUGGUGGUGACUCGCUGUUUGUAGUUUCUGCUGGAGGCUGUAAAAUUGAAGUUUUUGACAUUCGGGAUGAAGGGCCGAAAUUCCUGUGCAGUUUUGCAACUAUUGGAAAAGUGUUGCAUAUUACAUACAGUGAAGUCGGUGAUUAUCUUGUUACUAUUGAAGAGAAAAAUGCAGUCACAUCUUUGAGAGCUUACAUGAAUUGGAAAUUUCAUGUAAUGGAAAUGUCACCCGUUGGUGUUCGGAUGGUAGGGCAUAUGACACAAAUUACGCAGAAAGAGCAGAUGGAAAUUGUGGAAAUGCCAGUCUCUGAACCCCCGACUUGUAUCUCAUGCUGCCCAGUUGAGGGAGAUCUUCUUGUUGGUUGCAGAAAUAGCCUGGUAAUUUUUUGUCUGAAGCAACAGAGUGAACAUGGGGAAUUACCACGGCUGGAUUUUGAGUGCUCUUUGAUGUUGCACUUGACAAAUGUGACUCCCCUUCAGGUUGCUUUUUGUGCUGGUUAUAUCGGGGUAAUAACAGACUUGGAGGCUUUUAUACUAAAGCUGGAUCCAGUUAAUCAAGAAUCAAAGGGAACAGAGAAGAUUUUGACUGCUGAAUCAAAACUUGCCACACAGAGAAGUGGUAGACAGAAGCAAGCUUUAUCCAAAUCUGUUGUCCACAGUGACCAGGAUAAUUUUAUUGUUUGUCAGCGACCUGUUGAGCUUUUAGGUGCUGACUGUAGUUCAUGUGGAAUUUCAAUUAAACUGGAAUGGCUUGGUUUACCUGAUGAACAAAGCAAAAGCUUGGAAGUAAACAUCAUCUUGUACAGAUGUUUUGCCCCAGAUUACUCACAGGGUUAUGCUGUUGAUAGCACACGACUGCACUCCCUGCAGUUGCUACCUAUGUACUGUACAGGAAAUCUUGUUGAAUCGGAGGAGCUGUGUGGAAAUAAGAAGUUGUUGAGUCUUUUCUGUUUUUUCUCACUUCCUCAUACUGGCUAUUUGUACACUGUCAUGAAUGCUGUUGAACUGAUUGCUACCUACCAGUACUCGGAGAACUCCCAGCAGGCACACCUGACACUGCAGUUCCUGCAUGUUAUCACCAGUAGCAAGUUGCAGUGUUACACCACAAGGUGCAGUGCAGCUGCGGCUCGUCAGGAGGACCCCUACAUCGACACAGAUUUAAAGGCAUGUCCUCCUACAAAUUUGGAUGUAUGUAUACUGAGAAUGCAACUUUUUUUAGGGUUGAAAUCUAUUUGUCAUUUCAAAAAUCACAUUAUAUUGCUGACCAAGGCUUCUGCCGAAGAAAAAGUUGGAAAAGAAAAAGUAUCAAGGAAGUUUCAAUCUGGAAAGAGUAGCAGUCCUGUCAGGAAACCAAAGAUUUCAGUAGAAGCUGAAGCAGCAUGGAACCUGUAUGUUAUCAACACUGUCACAGCAUUUAAGUUGUAUAAGGAAAUGGUGGAAUAUAGUAAGCGGUAUCAGGCAAACAUGACUAAGAGUUGCAUCCAUUUGUUAAAUGAAGCUCACCUUCUGCUGAGAGGAGCUCUCAUGGACCAUCGUUUGACAGACCCUGCUGAGAAGAAAAAGUUAUUGGCUGCAUUCAAAGAUAGCUGUGCAGAGUUAGGAGACUGUUUCAGCAGGUUCAACGUGAAGAAUUAUAGACUUGCCCUUCCAUAUUACAAAAUGUCUGGUUUAUCGCUAUCCGAUGUCAUAAGUCGAGAUGUAUCAGCAAUAGAAGAAGGAGAGCAGGUGUACAGGAAAAGUUUUCUCGUGUACCUAAAACAGUCCCUAUUUGAAGAAGUAGACAAAGAAUUAAGUAAGGAAGCGGCCUUUAAAGUGCUUCAGAUUUUCAGCAUUUCAGAACCGUCUCAUCUGCCUCAUGUGAUAUGCAGUCCUUGUAUGAGGAAUACCUGCCCUACAGCUGCACUGGAAUUCCUACAAAAAUUAGAAGCUGUGCAACCAUCAUGUCUCGUUACACUGGCCAAGGCCACAGUGGCACUGAAAAUGAAGGAUCUGCAGCUGUACAGAAGGGAAAUGGCUAGAUAUAAUGAGAUCCCUUUGGUAUUGGGCUUUACUGAAGAACCAAGACUGCUAGUGAGUCAUAAAAAUGAGCUUGUUAUCCCAACAGAAUUUGCCCGUCAUCUCAAAGAGACUCAGGCAGGGCUGCUGGUAGCUGCCCUUGUGUCAUUCCAUGAAAACAGUAGAAUUAGUCUGGAAGAAGUGGAGAUAUUCUUUAAGGUGCUUUGCGAAGAAAGUGCUGAAGAUGAAGCUGCCCCUCAGCUGAUGGUGGAUUUUUGGGAAGCUCUGUUGGUGUACUGUGCACAUGAAUCCAUGAUCCAGGAGCUGCUGUUUAAACUGACUGUGGUCUACAUCCAGAGAAUAUGUGGGAAACAGCGAUUAGGGGCUAGAGCACUGAAAACUGCCGAAGAUCUGAUGAAUUCUUAUAGCCAGUAUGGUUUAAUUUUUCCAUGGGUUAACUACAUAACUCCAUCUGAGUACAUCCGAACAAAUGACUAUCCUGAAGAAGUGCAGAAGUUGCAGUCUCUUUUAUGUGGCCCUUCAAUCGGUGUAAGCCAUAUUCAGCCACUUGUGGAACAACUGCCACAGAAUGAUAAUGUUGGCCUUAGUAUCCGUGUUCUUUGUGACACUAGACUUGGCAAAUACGAGAUGUGUGUGGACAAGCUCUUGGACCAAUGCCCUCAGGCUGUUCUGCCAUAUGCCUACCAUGAGAUGAAGGAAGAAAAACAGGUUCUUUGGUGGAAGAAAUUGUUGCCUGAACUUUGUAGAAGAAUAAGAGGAAAUGGAUGUGAAAGCCAUCUUCUUGUGUCAUCCCUGAAAGAGACAUUAUCAGUUGUUGCUAACCAGCUGGAUCCUUUGGAUUUCCUUAAUCUGUUACCUCAUGAUGGAGCAGCAGUGUUUUUCUUGCCUUAUCUAUUGCAGUGCUGCAACUACAAACAAGCAUCCUGAAUCUACUGCCUUGUAAUUACAGCUUUGUGAAACUAUGUUGUGGGACAGUUACAGAAGAAUACAGUCAGCAAGGAAGAGCAAACAGAUCAUGGCUAGUUACUGAAUAAGUUAACCUAACUUGCACAGACGCUUUAGUAUUACUAAACUCUGAUAUUUUAGGGCAUAACAGUCAUGGGCUCAAACUGUCAUAUGUAUUUAAUGGAUAUCUCUCUUGUUGUAUUCAACACAGACACACAAGCGUGCGUGCACUCACACACACACACACACACACACACACACACACACACACACACACACACACACACACACUGUAGUUUAUGUGUCAAGACUACUGUGAGAAGUAUUUUAAUUUAUUUUCGUAAAUAUUUCAAACUUGUUUUACAACAUCAUUUUGAGUAUUGUAAUGCACAGCUUCUUGUUGGGCCAUUCACUUUUACUCUAAAAGUACAUUGUGCACAAUCAGGCAGUAAUGAGUGCCUUAUCUUUUCAGCACAUAGCAAACUUUUAGGAGUCAGAUUUUCUAAAUGAUUACUCUUAGAACUUUUUUUGUCUCUAACUUGGGAGUAAUAUUUAUUCUGAAUAUUAUAAUAUGGUUCAUUUCUGUCAUACAUAAGUGUUCUAGACCUCUAUGGGAUCCCUGGAUGAAGAAAUUCAGAAAGCAUGGCAGCUGUGUUUUGUUUUCUCUGUGUUGAACUUUUUGUUUAAUAUUCUUCUUUGCUUCAGCCCUCUCUUGUUUGUCUUAAUCCCAGUUGUUCCCCAGACAGCACUGGCCGUUCACUGGCCACAGAUUAGAGCCAAGUGGAUGGUGCCUACAUCCAUGUAGAUGUGAAAGUGGUUUGCUCCCCUUCCUGCAUCACAUCUUCUGCCAUGUCCAGAGAUGAGGUACACCCUCAUGCCAGUAGCAUAAGGAUCUGUUUUCAGCUGCUUUCAUUGGCACUGUGGCCAGCUGUGCUUAAGGUCAACUCCUGUCUCCAGACUGAAGAACUACAUGACACUUGCCCAUGUAGCCACGCCAUGCAUGAGGCCAUGUUAAUCAGAUGCUGCACACCUCACACCUUCCCUUGGUAUGGAGCCAGUGUUGUAGCAGUUACACUGCUUCCCUUUCCCCAGGGGAGGCACACAGUGUUACCUCUUCCCUUCUCAGUUCUUCCAGUGCCUGGGUUACAAACAGAAACAGAGUUAGCACUUCUUCUGAAUGUAGUUAAAACUAGCAGUCACUGUUAAUCCUACAUUUUAAUGUCACAGUACAGGUUCUGUGCAUUAAGUAAGGAGCUCAUGACAUAAGAUGUGCACAGACCACUACUUCAUACAUUUCUUGUGCAUGGCUGUAUUAAAAGUUUACUAAUUUGGGGAAGCUUAUUGUAUAAUACGGAUCCAGAAAGUCUGUUGUGUAUAUAAUGCCAUAAGAAUGUCUUAAGCAUCCUUGGAUAGCACUGGUAAACUUUACUUCCCAGUAUAUUAAAUGUACAUCCAUUACUUUCUACUUUGUCUUUCAUUGUGUUAUUCUGUUGUCUUUGCUUCAGUCACAGUGUAUUCUUACUAUUGUAAAAUUCCUUGUCGCUUCCAUUCUGUACUGUAGCUAUAUAAUGUGUUAUGCAUAAUGGGGAGCAAGAUUCCUACCAUCACCUAAUUCAGGAGAUCAUUUUAACUCUUUGUGUGCUUAUUGUAGGCUAUAAUAUACACAUUGAAAGUACUAAAUGUUUUAGUAUAUGCCUCCUACCUCUGAGACUUUUUGUUAAUGUGUUUAAUUGAUCCCCUGUAACACCUUGUUGAGAUGGACCCUUUCCCUACCACUGACUAGAUGUUAGCUACAGAGAACCUGAUCUGUGUACUGUUUGUCUUAAGUCUUAUUGUCAGUGUAUGGGUUGUAAAGUAAACCAAAUAUCAAAUAAAUAUUAACUGUAUUUAACACUUA